AUGGAGCCUCUCCUGAGCAUCGAGGACUCCAUGGACCAGAAGUGGGCCCCUGUCAGCUCAGUGCUCUAUGAGGCAACGGCCUACUCCAUAGGCUACAGAGACCACUCCAUCUUGGAAGAACUGCCUGUCCAUCCACCCCUCCAAGACCUCAACCAUCCGUCAAACUUUCAAGAGGUGUUAUCAGCUAUUGGUUCCCUCAAGAACAAGACUCCUGGCACUGACAGUAUCCCGGCAAAACUACUUCAGCAGGGAGGAUACUUCCGCACCAGAACGCUCCACCAGUAUAUCAAUGAGGGUUGGGAACGGGAGAUCGUACACCAACAAUGUCCUGACCCUCCAGACCCCUCAGUCCAGACCCCCUCCAGACCCCCUCAGUACCUACAGACCCCCUCAGUACCUCCAGACCCCCUCAGUACCUACAGACCCCCUCAGUACCUCCAGACCCCCUCAGUACCUCCAGACCCCCCCCUCCAGACCCCCUGCAUACCUCCAGACCCCUGCAGUACCUUCUGUAAUAUACCUCCAGACUACCUGCAGUACCGCCAGACCCCCUCAGUACCUCCAGACGCCCUCAGUACCUCCAGACCACUUGCAGUACCUCCAGACCACUUGCAGUACCUCCAGACCACCUGCAGUACCUCCAGACCCCCUCAGUACCUCCAGACCGCCUGCAGUACCUCCUGUAAUAUACCUCUGGAUCCCCUCAGUACCUCUGGAUCCCCUCAGUACCUCUGGAUCCCCUCAGUACCUCCUGUAAUAUACCUCUGGAUCCCCUCAGUACCUCUGGAUCCCCUGCAGUACCUCUGGAUCCCCUCAGUACCUCUGGAUCCACUCAGUACCUCCUGUAAUAUACCUCUGGAUCCCCUCAGUACCUCUGGAUCCCCUGCAGUACCUCUGGAUCCCAUCAGCACCUCCAGACGCCCUCAGUACCUCCAGACCCCCUCAGUACCUCCAGACCCCCUUCAGUACCUCCAGACCCCCUCAAUAUCUCCUGACCCCCUGCAGUACCUACAGACCCCCUCAGUACCUCCUGUAAUAUACCUCCAGACCCCCUGCAGUACCUCCAGACCCCGUCAGUACCUCCAGACCCCCUGCAACCACCUGCAGUACCGCCAGACCCCCUCAGUACCUCCAGACCACUUGCAGUACCUCCAGACCACCUGCAGUACCUCCAGACCCCCUCAGUACCUCCAGACCACUUGCAGUACCUCCAGACCACCUGCAGUACCUCCAGACCCCCUCAUACCUCUGGAUCCCCUCAGUACCUCUGGAUCCCCUCAGUACCUCUGGAUCCACUCAGUACCUCCUGUAAAAUACCUCUGGAUCCCCUCAGUACCUCUGGAUCCCUUGCAGUACCUCCAGAUCCCCUCAGCACCUCCAGACCCCCUGCAACCCCCUGCAGUACCUACAGACCCCUCAGUACCUACAGACCCCCUGCAGUACCUCCAGACCCCUUCAGUACCUCCAGACCCCUUCAGUACCUCUAGACCCCUCAGUACCUACAGACCCCCUCAGUACCUACAGACCCCCUCAGUACCUACAGACCCCCUCAGUACCUCCAGACCCCCUCAGUAUCUCCAGACCCCCUGCAGUACCUCCAUACACCCUCAAUACCUCCAGACCCCCUGCAGUACCUCCUGUAAUAUACCUCAGGACCCCUGCAGUACCUCCAGACCCCUGCAGUACCUCCUUACCUCCAGACCCCCUGCAGUACCUCCUGUAAUAUACCUCCAGACCACCUGCAGUAACUCCAGACCCCCUCAUACCUCCUGUAAUAUACCUCCGGACCCCCUGCAGUACCUCCAGACCCCUGCAGUACCUCCUGUAAUAUACCUCCAGACCCCCUCAGUACCUCCAGACCACUUGCAGUACCUCCAUACCACCUGCAGUACCUCCAGACCCCCUCAGUACCUCCAGACCACCUGCAGUACCUCCUGUAAUAUACCUCUGGAUCCCCUCAGUACCUCUGGAUCCCCUGCAGUACAUCCUGUAAUAUACCUCUGGAUCCCCUCAGUACCUCUGGAUCCCCUCAGUACCUCUGGAUCCCCUCACUACCUCUGGAUCCCCUCACUACUUCUGUAUCCCCUCAGUACCUCUGGAUCCCCUCACUACCUCUGGAUCCCCUCACUACCUCUGGAUCCCCUCAGUACCUCUGGAUCCCCUCACUACCUCUGGAUCCCCUCACUACCUCUGGAUCCCCUCACUACCUCUGGAUCCCCUCACUACCUCUGGAUCCCCUCAGUACCUCUGGAUCCCCUCACUACCUCUGGAUCCCCUCAGUACCUCUGGAUCCCCUGCAGUACCUCCUGUAAUAUACCUCUGGAUCCCCUCACUACCUCUGGAUCCCCUGCAGUACCUCCUGUAAUAUACCUCUGGAUCCCCUCAGUACCUCUGGAUCCCCUCAGUACCUCUGGAUCCCCUCAGUACCUCUGGAUCCCCUCACUACCUCUGGAUCCCCUCACUACCUCUGGAUCCCCUCAGUACCUCUGGAUCCCCUGCAGUACCUCUGGAUCCACACAGUACCUCUGGAUCCCCUCAGUACCUCCGGAUCCCCUGCAGUACCUCCUGUAA